UGGCGUGGCCGCGCGCCGGGGCCGUGCUGAGCGCGCGUAGGGGGCUUUCGGGCGCUCCGGGUUUGGAGUUUUGAAAUUUCUGGCGGGGGAUCCGCGGCGCACAGUUUUGCUGGGAGGUGGGAGUCCAAGUGACGCCCUUCCGGGAGCCGCGCUGCCGGGCUCCGCUGCAUCUGGUCCUGAGGCUGAGGCGCCGGGUUGAGCCGACGCACGUGUGAGCGCCGCCGAGAAGGCGGCGAGCGGCCGAGCAGGUGUGGCUACCGGAGGGGCCGCGCGGACGGGAGGAAGGUCCGGGACCCGGGGGUCCUGCUGUCCAUCCGGUGCUCGUCACUGACUCCUGUGUCGCGGCCCCGGCGCCUCUCCUCAGCGAUGCUGUGGAGCCGGAACUGCACUGGAGUCGGCUGCCGCUUGUCGAGCCUCCCCUCGCCUGUGCUCCCGGAACGGCUGCGGCGCAGCUGCCGCUGAUCUACCUAGGGGAUGCCCGCGGGCCUCACAGAACCGGCCGGCGCCGCUCCCACCGCCGGUGUGGGCGCCUCCGGGACCGUGACCAUGGCCCCCGCCGCAGCUCUGCCCGUCCGGGUGGAGAGCACUCCGGUAGCCUUGGGCGCCGUGACUAAGGCUCCUGUCAGUGUCUGCGUGGAGUCCGUGGCGUCCCAGCCCCUGCGGUCCCCCGUGGGGACCCUGGUGACCAAAGUGGCUCCUGCCAAUGCUCUUCCUAAACUCAGCACAGGCCCUCGGCUGCCAGCUCCUCAGAUUGUCGCUGUGAAAGCCCCCAACACCACAACAAUCCAGCUGCCUGCUAAUUUGCAGCUUCCUCCAGGAACAGUUUUGAUCAAAAGUAAUAGUGGUCAGUUGAUGUUGGUAUCUCCUCAGCAAGCUGUAACAAGAACCGAGACUACAAGUAACAUAACUUCAAGGCCAGCUGUACCAACGAACACUCAAACGGUCAAAAUCUGCACAGUGCCGAAUUCUAGUUCACAAUUAAUCAAGAAGGUGGCAGUGGCACCUGUUAAACCGUUGGCACCAAUAGGAACUACUGUGGUAACCACUGUUCCAAAGCCUUCCUCGGUACAAUCUGUGGCUGUGCCAGCCAACGUUGUCACAGUUACGCCUGUAAAGCCCUUGAAUACUGUAACUACCUUGAAGCCUUCAAGUUUGGGAGCACCAUCCAUCCCCUCAAAUGAGCCCCAUCCCAAAGCAGAGAACUCAGCUGCUGCUCAGACUAACCUUUCUCCGACGAUGCUAGAAAAUGUGAAGAAAUGUAAGAACUUUCUGGCAAUGUUAAUAAAACUAGCAUGUAGUGGAUCGCAGUCCCCGGAAAUGGGGCAGAACGUGAAGAAGUUGGUGGAGCAACUUUUGGAUGCAAAAAUUGAAGCAGAAGAAUUUACUAGGCAACUGUAUGUUGAACUCAAGUCUUCACCUCAGCCUCACCUAGUUCCUUUUCUUAAGAAAAGUGUGAUAGCCUUACGACAACUCUUGCCUAGCUCCCAGAGCUUUAUUCAGCAGUGCAUUCAGCAGACUUCUGGCGAGGUGGUCAUUGCUGCUUGUACCACGACAGUAACAGCUUCUCCCGUGGUGACAACAGCAGUUGCCUCAGUCCAGCCUGAAAAGCCCGUCGUUGGUUCUGAAGCAGCAACGCCCGGAGCUGUGUCAGUGCAGACUCUGAAUCCACUUGCUGGUCCAGGGGGAGCAAAAACUGGGGUUGUGACACUUCACUCUGUGGGUCCAGCUGCUGUGCCAGUAGGAACAACAGCUGGAACUGUUGUGCUUCAGACUCCAAAGCCACUUGUGACGUCUCUGCCAAACACGGUGACAGCAGUCUCACUUCAGCCUGAAAAGCCAGUUGUCUCUGGGGCAGCGGUGACCCUGGCCCUUCCCUCGGUAACUUUUGGAGAAACUUCAGCAGCAGCUAUUUGUCUUCCGUCUGUGAAACCUGUUGUUACCUCUGCUGGGACCACACCUGACAAGCCGGUCAUUGGCACUCCAGUCCAAAUCAAACUUGCACAGCCGGGCCCCAUCCUUGCACAACCAGCUGGUGUUCCACAGGCAGUUAAAGUCAAACAACUAGUAGUCCAGCAGCCUUCAGGAGGCCUUGCGAAACAAGUGACCACACUUACCCAUUCCUCAGCGUUGACCAUUCAGAAAUCUGGACAGAAGAAGGUGACAGUGAGCCCUGCAGUACCUACCAGUCAGUUUCCUCAAGCUUCCAUUCUAAAGCAAAUUACGCUGCCAGGAAAUAAAAUUCUAUCACUUCAAUCAUCUAUUCAGAAAAAUAAAGUAAAAGAGAAUGGAUCAACAUCCUUCAGAGAUGAGGAUGACAUCAAUGAUGUGACUGCCAUGGCAGGGGUCAGCCUCAGUGAAGAAAAUGCCUGCAUCUUAGCAACAAACUCUGAACUGGUUGGCUCACUCGUUCAGUCAUGUAAAGAUGAACCGUUCCUUUUCAUUGGAGCUCUACAAAAAAGAAUUUUAGACAUCGGUAAAAAGCAUGACAUUACGGAACUUAACUCUGAUGCUGUGAACUUGAUCUCCCAUGCAACACAGGAGCGAUUACGAGGCCUUCUAGAAAAACUGACUACAAUUGCUCAGCAUCGAAUGACAACUUACAAGGCAAGUGAAAAUUACAUCCUGUCUAAUGACACUAGAUCACAGCUCAAAUUUCUUGAAAAGCUAGAUCAACUGGAGAAGCAGAGGAAGGAUUUAGAAGAAAGAGAAAUGUUACUUAAGGCAGCCAAGAGUCGUUCCAAUAAAGAAGAUCCAGAACAGCUGAGAUUAAAGCAGAAAGCCAAAGAGUUACAACAGUUGGAACUCGCACAGAUACAGCAUAGAGAUGCUAAUCUCACAGCUCUUGCAGCUAUUGGACCAAGAAAGAAGAGGCCACUAGAAUCUGGGUCUGGAAGUGAGGGCUUAAAAGACAACCUUUUUGCUUCUGGGGCAUCUAACCUGACAGCCACCAAACAAUUGCUUCGUCCAAGAAUCACGAGAGUCUGCCUCAGGGACCUGAUCUUCUGUAUGGAGCAGGAGAGGGAGAUGAAGUACUCCCGAGCUCUGUACUUGGCCCUUCUGAAGUGACCUCGCCCCUCUCCGGCCACGUCCUUGCUAUUUACUGCCAAAGAAGACGUGAAGAGCGUUGCCACGCUGUCCUGAAAUUUCAGUUUCUGGAAAACAGUCACCAAUAGGGAAGACCAUUGUUUACAGUUAUAAACUUUUAUUAAAUCUUACUUAUGUAUCCCGUGGGGGUUCUUAAUGACUAGGAGUCAGCGUUGUCUUCUGAAAAUCGGUUGUGAAAUACAGUUUACACAGGUAGGCAUUUGCCUACCUAUGUGUUUAAUUAUAGCAAGACCCUGUUUGUUACUGCCUGCUUCAUUUGCCAGACUGUUAACAGGUAAGAUGUCUUUCCCUAAUACAGCCUGCAUUGAGAUGCAAGAGGAAGGAAGAGUCACUGCUUACCAAGAAACUGUAUGUAUUUCAUCCCAUGCUGAACCUGACUCAUAAAGUGUUAGGUUUUCUGGGCUGGAAUCAGAAAUUGCUGAGCUAAUUAUGAUAAUCACCUUCUGUAGUUGAAGGUGACAAGCCACAGCUUAGGGCUUGUGGUGGCUUUGGUCAGCUGAGUCCUGGUGUUGUCAAAACUGAGACAGAUGGGGAUAGUUUGUGCCUGAGGUUGCUGUUCCCUGGUUCACAUGACCAUACGCUGCUUCUGAUACCAAGUGAGGGGACAUCUUGUCAAGGAGACCUUAAAACUGAAGCUGCUGAUAUACCUCGUUGAAAAAUGGAAAAGAUGGAGAGUAUUGAAAGAGAUGAUGGGAUGUUGUGUCCAAACUGAUGGGAGAAAUAUGAAAAUGGAAUCAUAAAUCAGGAAAUGUGCUGCAUGUGCCUGAGAAGGGCCGUGGUGGAACUGGAACUCCAGAGCAACAACUACAUGUUUCAUUGAUGGGAGAACAUCACAGCCCAAUCAAGAAGGAAAAAUGUAUCAAACAUUUCCAAAUUACAGUAUUUCAAAAGGAAGAAGUUAUGUUUUGUUUUGUGUAUUGCUUUAAAUCUUAAGAAGGGUACUUUUAAAAACUCUUUUAGUUACCCUAAGUUUUAAGCAUCUUGUUGCAUUUAAAAAAAUCCUAAUUGAUGAUAAAUUUUAGCAACAGGACUCCAUUUUGGGUCCUAUACUCAAAAGGUUAUGUCAGCAUCUUACUCUUGGAAAUCUUGGCUCUAAAUAUAUUAUGAAAAGCAUGUUAUAUAUUCUCCUCUGGGGAGGAAGCUGACAUUUUGCAAAGCAAACUCUCUUCUUCUUCUUUUUUUUUUUUUUUUAAUUCCACUUUUGUGGCAUGUAGCUGGUAAAAAAAAAUAAUAACUUAGUUAUUAAAAGAAUGAGUAAAGCCUCCAAAGAAGGCAAAAAAAGGGGGGGGGGAAGCUGUGCUUAGAAAAAGAAUUCAGGGGGAAAAGAGAAACCUCAAGUAUGCUAUUCUCCAUCCUAUUCUUCCCAUCGGGACUGUUAUGGCCAUAUUCUAUACUGUAGUAAGUUUUACAUUGGCCACGUUUUUGGUUUCAGCAAGUUAUCAUGUAAAAUGCUAUAAAUUAUGUAUAUGAUAGAAGAGUCCUUUAAGAAGAGAUCUAUACCUGAAGUUGUUUUUGUAUAUUUAAAUGCUUAGCUUUAUUUUUUGUAAAGUGCAGCACACUCCCAUAUUUGUGUAUAAUCUUAUUGAUCAGAUGUUUAAAGUUAUUUCCAACACUUCAUUAAAAUAAUUAUUUUAUUAUAAGA